GUCUUAGAGGCAGUACAUAUUUGAAACCUGUUUUCCAAGUUACUUAUUACGUAUGGCUUAACUGCAGAACAGCAAACGAAACAGCUUAAGAAGAAUAAAGUGUUAUCGAAAACGUUUUGAUAGGGAGAACUCGAAAACAUGUGGCUUUUUGAAAUGAUUCGGAAAAUAUUUGGUUUUUUUAAGAAUGAAGUUAAAGUCUUAGUGAUCGGACUGGAUAACAGUGGGAAGUCAACUAUAUUAAAUAAAUUACAGUUAAAGGAAACGCAGAAAUCCCUCAUAGUCCCGACCAUAGGAUAUAGUGUCGAAAAGAUUAUAGUCGGUCAGACGGUAUUCCUUUGCUUUGAUAUGUCAGGGAGUGGAGCCUACAGAAAUUUAUGGGAAAAGUUUUACAAAGAUUGUGAGGCAAUCAUUUAUGUAGUGGAUAGUUCCGAUGAACUAAGACUUAUUGUUGCAGAAGACGAAUUCCAACAACUUUUAAAACAUCCAGAUAUUUGCAGUAGGCGAAUUCCGAUUCUUCUUUUUGCCAACAAAAUGGAUUUACCAAACUCUGUUGCAGUCAAAGAAAUAGUCAAAAUCCUCGGUCUUGAAAACUUGAGAAAUAAAUCAUGGAGAAUUUUUGCUUCGAAUGCUUUAAACGGUGAAGGAUUAAAUGAAGGUUUGGUGUGGCUAUUCAAACAGCUGAAACAAGAUAACAACUAAAAUCUGAUAGUUAUUCUGACCGGCAAUGGUUAUUACGGCAUGUCAUCCAUUUUAUUUGAAGAAACAGAAGUGGGAGUGUUGGAAUUUUAUCAAAACACUAGAAAUUCAUGUGUAAAAUAUGGUGAAAUUUAGGAUAGAUCUAAAAAUAGGAAAAUGUACGCCAUGCUCAUGCAUUUUUUUCCAAUGAAAACGUUCAUAAAAAUGACCGAAAAUCGCUGGAUUGUAUUCCGUAUUUGGGCUGUUAAAUUCUUUUUCAAUUGUCUUUUUGUGAGUGGACCAAUUCUUGAUUUUCAUUUUUCUAAUUCCUAUUCAAUCGCUGUUUUAUAUGUAUAGCAUUUCGUUGUAUUAACUAUUCCUGUUAAAUCAUUAAAAAUACAUGUUGAAAGAAG